CUGAUCUGAUGGUGACGUCUUCGGGACAGGCUAAUGGAAGAGGUGUAGCUAGCUAAGUGAGAAAAAAAGAUCAAGCUUGUGACAGCAGGGGGAAUUUAGUUUUUAGGAGAACAGUGACAUUGCCCAGAGCUUGCAAGAACGGGAUACGAUGUCCUUAAAGCCGCGAGUAGUGGAUUUUGAUGAAACAUGGAACAAGCUUCUGACAACAAUCAAGGCUGUGGUGAUGCUUGAUUAUGUGGAGCGUGCCACCUGGAAUGACCGCUUCUCGGACAUAUAUGCCCUAUGUGUCGCAUACCCUGAGCCCCUGGGUGAGAGACUAUAUACAGAGACAAAGAUUUUCCUGGAAAAUCAUGUCCGACAGUUGUACAAGAAGGUGCUGGAGUCUGAAGAGCAGCUUCUGGUGCUGUACCACCGCUACUGGGAGGAGUACAGCAAGGGGGCUGACUACAUGGACUGCUUAUACAGGUACCUCAACACACAGUUCAUUAAGAAAAACAAACUGACUGAAGCAGACUUGCAGUAUGGCUACGGGGGAGUCGACAUGAAUGAGCCGCUGAUGGAGAUUGGAGAGCUGGCACUCGACAUGUGGAGGAAAUUGAUGAUCGAGCCCCUGCAGGCCGUCCUGAUCCGGAUGUUGCUGAAUGAAAUUAAGAAUGACCGCUGUGGCGAGGACCCAAAUCAGAAAGUAAUCCAUGGGGUUAUAAACUCCUUUGUUCAUGUUGAACAGUACAAGAAAAAGUUUCCUCUUAAGUUUUAUCAGGAAAUCUUUGAGGGGCCGUUUCUGACGAAAACAGGUGAAUAUUACAAACAGGAAGCUUCUAAUCUGCUGCAGGAGUCGACGUGCUCACAGUACAUGGAAAAGGUCUUGGGCCGGCUGAAGGACGAGGAGGUGCGCUGCAGGAAGUAUCUGCACCCGAGUUCCUACGCCAAGGUGAUCCAUGAGUGCCAACAGAGAAUGGUUGCCGACCACCUGCAGUUCCUGCAUGGGGAGUGCCAGGGUAUCGUGCGGCAGGAGAAGCGGGACGACAUGGCCAACAUGUACACCCUGCUCCGUGCUGUCUCCAACGGCCUGCCCCACAUGAUCCACGAGCUGCAGAUCCACAUCCACGACGAGGGCCUCAGAGCCACCAGUAACCUCUCUCAGGAAAACAUGCCAACCCAGUUUGUGGAGUCCGUGUUAGAGGUUCACAGUAAAUUCGUCCAGCUCAUUAACACCGUCCUGAAUGGUGAUCAGCACUUCAUGAGCGCCCUGGAUAAGGCUUUGACGUCAGUAGUCAACUACCGGGAGCCAAAGUCUAUCUGUAAAGCCCCAGAACUGCUCGCUAAGUACUGCGACAGCCUACUGAAGAAGUCCGCCAAAGGCAUGACGGAGAACGAGGUGGAGGACAAGCUGAGCAGCUUCAUCACCGUCUUCAAGUACAUUGACGACAAGGACGUCUUUCAAAAGUUCUACGCAAGAAUGUUGGCCAAGAGAUUAAUACACGGGCUGUCCUUGUCCAUGGACUCAGAGGAGGCCAUGAUAAACAAGCUGAAGCAAGCGUGCGGGUACGAGUUCACCAGCAAGCUGCACCGCAUGUACACAGACAUGAGCGUCAGCGCUGACCUGAACAACAAGUUCAACAACUUCAUCAAGACACAGGAGACUGCGGUGGACCUCGGGAUCAGCUUCCAGAUAUAUGUGCUGCAGGCUGGCGCCUGGCCCCUAACGCACGUUCCCACCUCCACCUUUGCCAUCCCCCAGGAACUGGAGAAGAGCGUCCAAAUGUUCGAACUGUUUUACAGCCAACACUUCAGCGGGAGGAAGUUAACCUGGCUGCAUUACCUUUGCACAGGGGAGGUGAAGAUGAAUUAUCUGUCAAAGCCCUACGUAGCCAUGGUCACCACAUAUCAGAUGGCCAUACUGCUGGCCUUCAACAAUGGUGAGACUGUGGGUUACCGGGAAUUGCAGGACAGCACACAGAUGAGCGAGAAAGAGCUGGUGAAGACCAUCAAGUCUCUGAUGGAUGUCAAGAUGAUCAGCCACGACUCUGAGAAGGAAGACAUUGAGACAGAAUCCACCUUCUCACUAAAUAUGGCCUUCACCAGUAAACGAACAAAGUUCAAAAUCACAACCUCCAUGCAAAAGGACACCCCACAGGAGAUGGAGCAGACCAGGAGCGCUGUGGACGAGGACCGGAAGAUGUAUUUGCAAGCUGCUAUCGUCAGAAUCAUGAAAGCACGCAAAGUCCUACGGCACAACACACUAAUACAGGAGGUCAUCAACCAGUCAAAGGCCCGGUUCAAUCCCAGCAUCAGCAUGAUCAAGAAGUGCAUCGAGGUUCUGAUUGACAAGCAGUACAUCGAGCGGAGCCAGAGCUCUGCGGACGAGUACAGUUACGUGGCAUGAUGCUGGAAACGCCCAGAAGUACCCAGUGGGUAUUACUAUAAUAACUAUUAUUAAUUCUCUGUCACUGUCUCGUGUGCUCCUGUGGGACGAAUUGGAGCUGUGCCUCCAUAUAAAGGAUCGUUUCGGUGAGUCGCAAGACGCCCCCCCAUCCCACCUUCCGCCCCGGAAAAAAAGAGAGUUUUUUUACGCUGUUUACAACCUCACCAGUGCCACGCCGAGCGCGCGUCAGUAGAAAAUGCCUGCAGCUGUGUGAGCGCCGGAGCCGGUGUUGCGUUUUUAGCUACAUAACAUAAAUGACAAAAAAAGCCCAAAAAUGCCACACAGGUCGGGAGCCGCUGCGAUAAUAGCGGCUCAGCAGCCACCAGGUGGAGACUGUGCUUUCCUUUCUCAGCGUUUGCGGUUGUUGUGGUAUUUUUUAAAUGUAUCUAAAGUAAAACAAACAAAAGUGAUAUACCAAUAACUGUAUUUACUUCAAAAUGUAAACAAAAAACGAUCCUGCUGCUUGUCAAAUAAAUGAAUAAAACAGCGAGUUUUUUUA